GAAAAAAACAAAAAACAAAAGAAAUUAGGAAGAGUGUUCCAAAUCUUUGAGAGGAAGGGAGGGUUAAGGCGCCGACCGGCUUAUGCAAAACAGCAAAAGGCAUCGCAAAAGUACAUGCCAAGCCUCAACUCAACCAGCUAUAAGAGGAAGACCCCUCAACACCUCCACUCAACAUUCUUCUUCCUCUUCCUUCUUCUGUAAGGGCCUUUAGCGCCAAAAAAAAAAACUCCGACUCAGAUUCACGACUUAACCCCCCAAAAAAAAUGGUAAGGACGAAGAAAGGAGGACGACCGCCGACUCUGAUUCCAGACGAGGCAAGGAUCCGAAUACGUGACAUACUCCAGCAGUUCCUGGAGUCCAAUGAAGAAGUUUACACAUUUGGGACAGACCUGACGGUUAAUGAACGGGCUUACGUCCACGAACAGUGCAGGAAGAUGGAUAUGAAAUCCAAGAGCUCCGGGUCGGGUAAAACGCGCAAGGUUUCGGUUUACAGGCUUUUUAGGAUGGAGGCAACCAGCAAUGGUAAAGAAAGAAUCCCUCAGGUGAUGUUUUCCGGAGACACAAGAGAAGUUUUGGGGGAUUUGUUUACGUGGUACCCACCCGGAGAUGGACAGGAAGCCAAAGAAAGGAUCCGUGAAGAUAGUGACAAGUUUCAGAAACUCCACCGCAAGAAAGACCCGCUGUUCUGCAGACCUUCGAUGAGCCAGAACGAAAUUGCAAAGAAAGUGGAAGUGCAGGCUGCUAAAAUGAGAAAAGCCAAGUUUACUAAAGAGAGGUCCAAGCUACCCAUGGCAUCCUACAGGGAUGUGGUAACGUCAGCAAUUGAAUCUCACCAGGUUGUUCUUGUAUCUGGUGAGACUGGGUGCGGAAAGACCACACAGGUGCCACAAUAUCUUUUGGACCAUAUGUGGGGUAAGGGUGAGGCAUGUAAAAUAGUGUGCACUCAACCCAGGCGUAUCUCAGCCAUAUCAGUUGCUGAGAGAAUCUCUUAUGAAAGAGGGCAGAAUGUUGGGGAGGAUAUUGGAUACAAGAUACGUUUGGAAAGCAAAGGUGGGAGGCACUCAUCUAUUGUGUUCUGCACAAAUGGGAUUCUACUGAGGAUUCUAAUUUCCAGAGGCGGUGGUAGGUCAAAAACAGAAGCAUCGAAUAAAGAAACCAAACAAGAUCUCUCUGACAUAACUCACAUUAUUGUGGAUGAAAUUCAUGAAAGGGAUCGCCACUCUGAUUUCAUUCUGGCUAUUCUCAGAGACAUGCUUCCUUCACAUCCUCAUCUGCGUCUGAUAUUGAUGAGUGCGACUGUUGAUGUGGAACGGUUUUCACAAUACUUUGGUGGCUGCCCAAUUAUCCGUGUCCCAGGGUUCACUUAUCCUGUCAAAUCUUUCUAUUUGGAGGAUGUAUUGUCUAUCUUGAGAUCUGUAGAAAAUAAUCACUUAGAUAACCCUGCAUUAGGUGCCUCAACUGCAGACCGUGACUUAUCAGAGGAAGAUAAGAUUGCUUUAGAUGAAGCAAUUAGUUUGGCUUGGUCAGAUGAUGAAUUUGAUCCACUUCUAGAAUUGGUUUCUACUGAAGGAACCCGUAAAAUCUUUAAUUACCAGCAUUCUGUAACUGGACUUACACCAUUAAUGGUAUUUGCUGGAAAGGGUAGAGUAGGAGAUGUUUGCAUGCUGCUAUCAUUUGGUGCAGACUGCCAAUUACGGGCCAAGGAUGGAACCACUGCAUUAGAGUUGGCUGAGCGGGUAAACCAAUUAGAAUCUGCUCAGAUGUUGAAAGAGCAUAUGGAAAGUGCUCUUUCUAACUCUGUGGAAGAACAAAAUUUGCUCAAUAAAUAUCUCCAAUAUUUUAAUCCUGAGAAUAUUGAUUUCGUUCUUAUCGAGCAAUUGUUAGGGAAAAUUUUUAGUGAUUCGAAAGAUGGAGCUAUUCUUGUUUUUCUUCCAGGGUGGGAUGAUAUAAAUAAAAUGCGGGACAGAUUACUCACGAACCCAUAUUUCAGAGAUCCUUCUAAGUGUGUGAUUAUAUCUCUACAUUCAAUGGUUCCAGCUGCUGAACAGAAGAAGGUCUUCAUUCGUCCACCUAGUGGUUGCCGAAAAAUUGUUCUUUCAACCAAUAUUGCUGAAACUGCAGUCACUAUUGAUGAUGUUGUUUAUGUUAUAAACACGGGUCGGAUGAAAGAAAAAAAUUAUGAUCCUUUUAGUAAUGUUUCAACUCUUCAAUCUUCUUGGGUGUCAAAAGCGAAUGCCAAGCAGCGACAGGGGCGUGCGGGCCGUUGUCAGCCUGGAAUCUGUUAUCAUCUUUACUCUAAACUUCGAGCAGCUGCAUUGUCAGAUUUUCAGGUGCCUGAGAUUAGGAGAAUGCCAAUCGAGGAACUUUGCCUUCAGGUGAAGUUGCUUGAUCCAGAUUGCAAGAUAGACGAGUUCCUAAAUAAGACGCUGGAUCCUCCUCAUUCUGAGACCAUACACAAUGCGAUUUCUGUUCUUCGAGAUAUUGGGGCUUUGUCGGUGGACGAUAAACUUACAGAACUUGGGGAAAAGCUAGGUUCUUUACCUGUUCAUCCAUUGACAAGCAAGAUGCUAUUCUUUGCCACACUGAUGAACUGUCUUGACCCAGCUUUAACUCUGGCCUGUGCUGCCGACUACAAGGAUCCAUUCUCUCUUCCUAUGAUGCCUGAGGAAAAGGAGAAAGCUGCUGCUGCUAAGGCUGAACUAUGUUCAUUGUAUGGUGGGAACAGUGAUCAGCUAGCAGUCAUAGCAGCAUUCGACUGCUGGAAGAUUGCAAAAGAACAGGGUAAAGAGAAUCGGUUCUGUGCUAAAUACUUUGUCUCUGCAAGUACCAUGCAGAUGCUAUCUGGUAUGCGAAAGCAACUCCAAACAGAGCUAAUUCGGCUGGGGUUUAUUCCUGAGGAUGUGUCUAGAUGUAGCUUGAAUGCACGCAAUCCAGGUAUAAUCCACGCUGUCCUUGUGGCUGGUCUGUAUCCCAUGUUGGGAAGAUUGCUUUCUUCUACUAAGAGUGGAAAAAAAAAAGGAUCCUUUAUAGAAAUUCCUGAUGGUAGUAACGUUCGUUUGCACCCUCGAUCUGCUAAUUUUAAAAUAGCGUUCAAGGCACGUGGUGGCUCUCCUUUGGUUGUAUAUGAUGAGAUAACCCGUGGGGAUGGGGGUUCGAAUAUACGAAACUGUACUGUUGUCGGGCCACUUCCAUUAUUAUUGCUGUCGACAGAAAUAGCUGUUGCUCCUGCCAAUGAUGAUGAGGGAAGUGAUGUCGAUGAUAAUGAGUAUGAAAGUGAUGAAGAUGCAAUGAAGAUAGAUUCUAAGUCGGGUGGACAGGCCGAAGAGAAGAUUAUGUCAUCACCUGAUAAAUCCGUCAUGGUUAUAGUGGAUGGGUGGCUUUGUUUUGAGUCGAAAGCUCUUGACGUUGCUCAGAUCUAUUGCUUGAGGGAACGCCUGUCUGCAGCAAUACUAUUUAAGGUUACUCAUCCAAAGGAAGUUUUACCUCCUGAUCUUGGGGCAUCUGUUUAUGCUAUAGCCUGCGUUCUAUCUUAUGAUGGUCUAUCUGGGAUUCCAUUGCCAAAGCCUAUGGAUUCGCCGAAUUCAGAUUUAGAAGAACUUGAGAUCGGUAAAGAUGGAAAGGCACAGUUUAAAGUGACAGGAAAUAAAGCAGCAAAAUCAAAGGAGCCAUUACGUCAGAGAGUUUGUCAGAAGUCUCUAUCGCGAGCUACUGAUUUACCUGCCUUAAAUGGAGUUGCAAAGUUGAGUGACGACCCAUCAAUUCAGAGUGUCCCCCCACCAGCUUUCGCGAACGCUACUGAUUUACCUGCCUUAAUAAAUGGAGUUGCAAAGUUGAGUGGCGACCGAUCAAUUCACAGUGUUCCCCCACCAGCUUUUGCGAACACAGUCCCGCCGCCCACUUCACAAGUUCCAGCAGGUCCUGUAGCAGGAAACAAGCGGAAGAAGCGCCGGAAUCAGGCUGGUUGACGAUGAUUGGUAUCGAGAUCGAACUGUAUGUUGUAGGGCGGUAGAGACGGCAUCAAGAUGGUUGCUUUGUCCCAACAAUGGUGUGGGUAUGGUGGAUAAAGUUAUUUAUCUGAUGCAAUUGUACUAUAUAGACGUAUAUAUGGGGAAGCACUUCAGAUUCCCACCACUCCUUUAGGCCCUUGUUUCAGUUCUCCUUAAACCUCUAGGAAAUUUCUUAUUCAAGUUGUAGUCAAACUGUGACAAGAUAGUCUCAGAUAAUGAAUGAUCAAAAGUUCAAGACCAGAUUGUUUAUUUU